AUGCAAUCCGGAAUUUCCGCUUCUGAGGAGCUCCAAGCUCAGUUCAACUCGUUGCUGGCCACGAGUGACACCUUUGGACUCCUCGCAACGAUCGAAAAGGAAUCCCUUGUACCUAUUGCCACGAUUCCCUCCUCGUCCUCGUCCUUCAGCGACAACCUUGCGAGCCUCCAGCCUCACAUCAAAUCAAAUGUCGCUCUUUACAUCAUCCUCCGCCGCUUCGAUUCGACCCCUCGCUUCCUGGCCAUCACCUACGUUCCCGAUGAGGCGCCUGUUCGCCAGAAAAUGCUGUUCGCAUCCACCCGUCUCACGCUUGUCAGAGAGCUCGGCACCGAACACUUCCGCGAGACCAUCCUCCUGACGAUGGCCGCCGAGCUGACCGCCAAGGGUUUCGAGAAGCACGAUGCACACAACAAGCUUGAUGCGCCCCUAACUGAAGAGGAGCAGGCCCUUGGUGAGGUUAAGAGGGCUGAGCAAGAGGCUGGAUCGGGUACGGGAACGAGGGAGAUCCACCUAAGCAAGAGCCUGGCGAUGCCGGUGGCAGAGCAGGCGAUUGCUGCGAUGAAGGAGGUCGGACAGGAUGGGGGACGCGUGGUAACGAUGCUGAGAAUCAACCCGGAGACGGAGGCGGUAGAACUGGUUCCUGAGUCGCCGACACCGAGCACCAUCGGAGAGCUAUCGCAAGUCAUCUCGACGACCGAGCCCCGGUUCACCUUGUUCCGGUUCACUCACACCCACAACGGCGCCGAGCAAAGCCCGAUUCUGUUCUUCUACACCUGCCCAAUCACCCCUGGCACCAAGGCGAUCAAGUACAGGAUGAUGUACCCGCUUAUGAAGCGGGCGGUCUUGGAGGUGGCCGACAAGGAAGCCGGACUGAAGAUUGAGAAGCGAUUCGAGGUAGAGGAGCCAAGCGAGAUCACAGAGCAGACUGUCCUGGAGGACCUGCAUCCCAAGGUGACAGCCAGGCAGGGCUUCAGCCGACCGAAGCGACCCGGCCGGUAA